AUGUUCAAGCACAGCCUGCGCACGUUUGCUACGACGGCUCUACGUAGCGCAGAGGCCUCGACAGCGUAUAAUACAAAAGUCUCUACAGCCCAGGGAUGGGUCAAUGGUCUCACAGAAGCAAUUGGCAAUACGCCACUGAUUAGACUAAAACGACUCUCCGAAGAAACAGGGUGCAACGUCCUCGGAAAAGCCGAAUUCCAAAACCCUGGUGGCAGUGUCAAGGAUCGUGCUGCGUUAUACGUCGUCAAAGAUGCCGAAGAAAAAGGACUUUUGCGCCCAGGCGGCACUGUGGUAGAAGGCACUGCUGGAAACACUGGUAUUGGUCUUGCUCAUGUGUGCCGGUCAAAGGGGUACAAACUCGUCAUCUAUAUGCCCAACACGCAAUCACAAGGCAAGAUCGAUUUGUUGCGACUAUUAGGCGCCGAAGUGUACCCUGUCCCGGCGGUUGCGUUUGACAACCCACAAAACUACAACCACCAAGCCCGGCGGCAUGCGGAGUCUCUUGACAAUGCUGUCUGGACCAACCAGUUCGAUAAUACGGCAAACCGACAGGCCCAUAUCGAGACCACUGGGCCCGAGAUCUGGGCUCAAACUCAGGGUAAAAUCGAUGCAUUUACAUGUGCGACAGGAACAGGGGGCACUCUUGCUGGAAUUACCCGCUACUUGAAAACGGCCAGCGAUGGACAUGUCAAGAGCUUUCUUGCCGAUCCCCCUGGCAGUGUCUUGCACAGCUACAUCCAAAGUGGAGGUAAGCUCGCCGAACGGGCCGGCGGAAGUAUAACAGAGGGUAUCGGUCAAGGCCGUGUGACGGACAACUUGAAACCAGACAUUGAUCUGAUUGAUGAUUCAUUACACAUCAGCGACGAGAAGAGCAUUGAAAUGGUCUAUCGCUGCCUGGACGAAGAGGGGUUGUACCUUGGUGCUAGCUCUGCGUUGAACGUUGCGGCUGCCAAGGAGGUUGCUGAGAAGUUGGGCAAAGGGCAUACUGUCGUUACGAUUCUGUGCGAUGGCGCAUAUCGUUAUGCCGACAGGCUAUUCUCCGAUAAGUGGUUGACGAGCAAGAAUCUUCGUGGUGCUAUUCCCAAGCAUCUUGAGAAGUAUAUUGUACUACCAUAG